GAAAUUUGAACCCACAAAUUAUGGUUUGAAAACUGACAAAGAGAAAGUUAUAACCGUCCAGUAAUCUCCCGCCAUUUUUGGUGGUGACCGUUUCUUCAUGUCCAAAGUGAAGACACAAUGUCUCGCCUCAUGAAAUAUUGAUGGCUGGUUCUUGCGCUCAAAAUUGGGAUUACCUGUGGAUAGCAGGAAUGAUUCUUGGAUCCUUUUAACUUGGCUGGGGCCUCCUUUAAUGAUUUUGCAGUAAUUGAUUUAUAAAUGUUUAUUAUUGAGACAGCUCAGUUGUGAUGUGGAAGAGAAAAUAUAGGCCAGUUAUUAAGUUGGUGAACUUUGAGAUAGAAAUUGGUUGCCUCUGGAUAAUAGAUUGAAUCAUCCAAAUGUUACAGAAGAAUAAUAGUUGCUCUUCAGUGUUUGGUGCUUGAGUUGCAUGUUUUAUGUCAUGGAUUUGAAUUGGCGUUAGAUGUGAAGUCAGGAGAAAAUUCAUGAAAGAUUAAUCUGGUGCUUACUUUUUUUGCCAGCCUCUUCUUUUAAACCCUCUGUUAUUCAGAAGCAACAAGAUUAAUUUCAGAUAUCAUUGAUGUGGUUAUCUAUAAUCUGAGGGCAUAUUUGUCAGUUGAAUCUAUGGACCUAUAUUUAGCAAGAACGAGAUACAUCCAGAAGUUAGUAUCUGUGUAGUCACUAAGUCCACAUGGCUGGUGACUCCACUGUUCACGGAGAGACUCUGGUUAAUGUGGUUGAGGUCUCUGGGGAAGCUGUUUUCUUGCAUGGGGAGCUAGAUUUGUGGAUUUUAGAGGCAAAAUCUCUUCCAAAUAUGGAUUUAGCUACAGAAAGAGUGAGAAGAUGCUUCAAUAUGUUCGGAUCUUGCACAUCUCCUUUUAAGAUAAGGCAUAAGCAUUCGAGCAAGCAUCAUUCAAUUAUUACCAGUGACCCUUAUGUGUCUGUUUGUCUAGCAGGGGCGACAAUAGCACAAACAAGAGUAAUUCCCAAUUCUGAGAACCCUUCAUGGGGCGAACAUUUUUGUGUGCCAGUUGCUCAUCCUGUCAUGAAAGUUGAAUUUCAUGUUAAAGAUAAUGACAUUCUUGGGGCUCAACUAAUUGGAGUGGUGGGAAUAUCUGUUGAGAAACUUAUCUCAGGAAAUGCUGUUAGUGGUUGGUUCCCUAUUGUUGGUUCCCAGGGGAAUCCCUUGAAGCCCUAUCCUGAAUUACAUGUGUCUAUUCAGUUUAGACCAGUUGGGGAAAACCCACUAUAUAAGGAUGGUGUUGGCGCUGGCUCAGGCUAUCUUGGUGUUCCCAAUACAUAUUUUCCUCUCCACAAAGGAGGUAGCAUUACUCUUUAUCAGGAUGCUCAUGUGCCUAAAGGAAUGUUACCUGAAAUUUUACUUGAUGGUGGAAAAAUUUUUCAGCAAGGUCAAUGCUGGGAAGAAAUUUGCCAUGCUAUGUUGGAAGCUCACCACCUGAUAUAUAUUAUUGGGUGGUCCAUAUUCCACCCAGUCAAGCUUCUGAGAGAGCCAACAAAGCCAGUACCUGCUGGUGGAGAGCUUUCCCUUGGGGAAUUGUUGAAAUACAAGUCAGAAGAAGGAGUUCGAGUCCUUAUGUUGAUUUGGGAUGAUAAAACCUCACAUGACAGAUUACUUUUUAAAACAGAAGGUGUCAUGCAAACUCACGAUGAAGAAACACGAAAAUUUUUUAAACACUCAGGUGUCCAUUGUGUGCUUUCUCCUCGUUAUGCCAGCAACAAGCUUAGCAUUUUCAAGCAACAGGUAGUGGGAACCCUUUUUACACAUCAUCAGAAGUGUGUGCUUCUGGACACUCAAGCUCCUGGAAACAACAGGAAAAUAACUGCUUUCAUUGGUGGUCUAGAUUUAUGUGAUGGCCGAUAUGACACUCCUGAGCACAGGCUCUUUAGUGAUCUUGACACCGUAUUUUCAAAUGAUUUUCACAAUCCUACAUUUCCAUCUCGUGCCCGUGGCCCGAGGCAACCAUGGCAUGAUUUACACUGUAAAGUUGAGGGUCCUGCUGCAUACGAUAUAAUGACAAAUUUUGAACAAAGAUGGAGAAAAGCAGCAAAAUGGCGUGAUUUCAGGCUCAAAAAGGUCACACAUUGGCAUGAAGAUGCUUUGAUAAGGCUAGACCGCAUUUCAUGGAUAAUCACUCCCUCCUCAGGUCCCACUGGUGAUCAUGCUGUACGCGUUACCACUGAAGAAGAUCCAGAGACUUGGCAUGUGCAGGUAUUUCGGUCAAUUGAUUCAGGAUCUGUGAGGGGAUUCCCAAAGCUUGUUCAGGAUGCUGAGGCACAGAAUCUUGUUUGUGGGAAGAAUCUGAAAAUAGAUAGGAGCAUACAUGCUGCUUAUGUGAAAGCAAUAAGAUCGGCACAACACUUCAUAUACAUAGAGAACCAGUAUUUUCUUGGAUCCGCAUAUCACUGGCCAUCAUACAAAAAUGCAGGUGCAGAUAACUUAAUUCCUAUGGAACUGGCCUUAAAAAUUUCUAGCAAAAUCAGUGCAAAUGAACAUUUCCGUGUCUAUAUAGUGGUACCAAUGUGGCCAGAAGGUGUACCAACCAGUGCUUCCGUGCAGGAAAUUCUUUUUUGGCAGGGACAAACAAUGAGUAUGAUGUACCAGAUUAUUGGGCAGGCUAUUCAUAAAGCAGGCCUUUCUGAUACACAUCACCCACAGGAUUAUUUGAACUUUUACUGCCUUGGAAAACGUGAAGCUUCAUCUACAGAAAGUUCUGCUCAAACAAGCAAUUCUUCUGAGAACCGUGCAUUGGGAUUAGCUCAAAAGUUCCGCAGAUUUAUGAUUUAUGUCCAUGCCAAAGGGAUGAUAGUUGAUGAUGAAUAUGUCUUGAUAGGAUCUGCUAACAUUAACCAGAGAUCCUUGGACGGUUCAAGGGAUACUGAGAUUGCUAUGGGUGCUUAUCAGCCAUCAUACACAUGGUCAGGAAAGAAGACUCAUCCACAUGGCCAGGUAUAUGGCUAUCGAAUGUCUCUCUGGGCCGAGCACCUUGGCACCCUUGAGGAUUCCUUCUGCCAACCAGAGUCUCUAGAAUGCAUCAGACAAGUGAACAGCAUCGCCAAAAAUAACUGGCAGAUAUAUGCAGCAGACGAGAACAAGGAGAUGACAGGGCAUUUGAUGCAAUACCCAAUUCAGGUGAGCAAAAAUGGAAAUGUAAGCACAUUGCCCGGUCAUGAGUGCUUUCCAGAUGUAGGCGGUAAAGUUCUUGGAUCACCCACUAAUCUUCCCGACGCACUAACCACAUGACAAUCUCAUCAUACCUUCAAAAUGGAGUUACAGUUCAUUGUCAAAGUGCAGCAGAGGAACAAAAAUGGUGAGCAUACUGAGCAGCUUGAGGUAAAAUGAAGAGCAAGAUGCUAAUAUCACUGCAACAAACAGUUGAGAGAGUAUCAACAAGGCUUGUGAAAUGUUGGGUUUCAGUGAUGUAUGACAAACACCUAAACACCUAUUUGGGCAAUGGAAGUUUCAGAAACUUUUUACUUU